UGCGAAUACAGACCACACGGCUGCUACUCUGAAAAGUUUCGUCCAAUGGCUCUCAGCAUCCCCACCAGCAAACUGUUCCAGCGCGCCUGGUUGGAGGCAGCGCAGCUCCAGGAAUGAAAGAAUGGCGGGGAAGCUCCCAAGAGGGCAGGUCAUCGCUCCAGGGACGGGACAACCCCCGGGAGCCUCGGAGGGUACCCGGCUUUAUCGACCCCCAACCCGCCGCUUUCCAGCUUGGGGGGCACUCGUACUGGCUGGGGGCCCGCACAGACCGUACCGCGCUCAGAGGCUGAGCCCUGGGCCCCCGGCCAGGGGGAGUUCAGCAAAGGGGUUUGGGGCUAUGAACUGCAGCUUGUAGGGCGGUGACUGUCCACGCCGGGGGCCCCGGGAGCAGGACCCAGCCCGGGCAGUUCGCAGCCGUUUGUCAAACGUUCACGCCCGCCCCCCGUUACCGUGCGAGCGCAGGGCUGUGUCCCGGGGUCCGGCUCCCGCCGCUGGCCUCAGCCGGCCGCUCUACGGAGCCUGAGUCGCCUUUGCUCAGAGCUGCCAUACGUCUGUCGGCCCCCCAUGUCCCCCGGGGCCGGGGCCGGGGGUGCAGGGCCGCGCUUAUCCCUGCGCCCCACAAACCGGCUCUGUCCCGCGGCGGGGCCCCUGGCCCCUGCACCGAGCCCACCCACGGCCUGGCUCCGGCCCCGCCCGAGCCCCCCCAGUGCGCCCGGGCCCCGCGUCUCCGCCUCCGCGGGGCCCCGCGCAGCGCCAGGCGCCUCCCCCGGCUGCCGCCCCCCGCCCGCUCCCCGCUAUAAGGGGCGGCCGAUGGCAGCGCCUCACUCGGAGCCGCCGCCGCCCGACCCCGCUGGCACCAUGCAGGGAGCCCGCGCCCUGCUCUGCCUCGCCCUGGCCGCGCUGCUGGGCCCGCCCGCCGAGGCGUGGUACAAGCAGGCGGCCGGCCCCAGCUACUACUCGGUGGGCAGAGCCUCGGGACUGCUGUCCGGGAUCCGCCGGGCGCCCCUCGUCCGCCGCCUCGAGAGCGGGACAGACAGCGCCGAGCGCCGCGCCGCGCCGCUGCCCCCCGAGCCGGACCCCGCGCUCAGGAGCAUGGCUGUCUGUGUGAAGGACCUUGCCCUGGAGCUGCAGAGCUGCCAGCUGCUAUCUGGAGCCCCCAGCACCAUCCAGUGCAAGGCUGAUGUCACCAUCUCCCUGGACCCCUCAGACUGUACCAGCACCUAAUCCCCCUUGCCCCACGCUAUGGGGGAGGGGCACCCUAUCCUCUGCAUCUGACAAUAAAGGCACCUUUAAACCA